AUGAAGUCACAAUGCGUUCAGCAUCAGGAAUCUGACAAAAUUGAGAAACCACACAGAGGUGAUAAAUGUGGGAAAACCUUCUUCAAAGAGUCUUUCUUCUGUGAGCGUCAGUUCAUUCAUAUUCUAGAUAAGACCUAUGAAUCCAGUCAGUGUGGGCAAGAAUUCGACAAAUUAUUCACACUCACUGCACAUUAUCGAACAGCACAUAAAGGACAAAAAACAUAUACAUGCUUGGAAUGUGGCAAAGGUUAUCACAGUAAAUCAUAUCUCAAGUGGCUUCAGAAAACUCAUGUGGCAGGGACCUCCUGUGCAUGCACUGAGUGUGCGCAUGGUGUUAAAAGGAACAUUGAUCUCACUGCUCAUCAGCAAACUCAUAGUGGAGAGAAAUUCUAUGAAUGUGGUCAAUGUCACAAAGGUUUCAUUCAGGUAACACAUCUUAAACUCAUCUAUGAACUCCUACUGGAGAAACUCCUUAUGUAUGUAGUGAGUGUGGUUAAGCUUUCAGCCAGAAGUGAUAUCUUACAGCAUAUCAUAUAUAUCAAACAGGAAAGAAACCAUAUGUCUGUGGUGAAUGUGGAAAAACCUUUACCUGGAAGAAACCACACUGAUCAUCAGCGAACUCACACUGGAGAAAAACCUUAUAAAUGCAAUGAGUGUGGUAAAGUUUUCACCAAGAAACAAUACCUUACAGCACACCAGACAUUUCACACAGGAAAGAAAACCCAUGUAUGUGGCAAAUGUGGAAAAGCCUUUGCCUGUAAAAGUAAGCUCACUGAUCGUCAGCGAAUCCAUAAUGGAGAGAAACCCUAUGGAUGUGGUGAAUGCGGAAACAUCUUUAUCAGGAAGAGUAAGCUCACUGAUAAUCAGCGAACUCAUAAUGGAGAGAAACCCGAUAUAUGUGGUGAAUGUGGAAAAGCCUUUAUCUGGAAGUGUAAGCGCACUGAUCAUCAGCAAACUCACACUAGAGAGAAGCCCUAUGUAUGUGGUGAAUGUGAAAAAGCCUUUAUCAGGAAUAUAGACCUUACGGUUCAUCAGUGA